UCAAGUAACAAGUUGCAAAAGUUUUAGAUUUUAUUUUGGUGGACUAUGAACUUUUGGAACAGAGCAAACAAAUAAAUACAUAUCCUCUUUUAUUAUAUUAUACACAACAACCUGUGUUAUGUAAAAAACAAUGUCGCAAGUUCAUCGGGCGGCUGUGCUAAACCUCUACAAAACACUAUUAUAUUUAGGCCGGGACUGGCCUCAAGGAUUUGAUUUAUAUAGGAAAAGACUACAUAAAGUCUUUACCAAAAAUAGCAAUGAAACAGACCCAGAGAAAAUAAAGCUUAUGAUAAAACACGGUGAAUUUGUUGUUAAAGAAAUAGAGGCUCUAUACAAAUUGAAGAAAUACAGGGCUAUGAAACGGAGAUAUUACGAUGACAGUGUGUAAGUGAAAAUCAACAAAACAGAUUUAAUUAUUUACCUAGCGUUUAUGUAAUAAGACAAACAUGAAUUACCUAGUUAUAUGAAGUGAGUAUGCUUUUUUAUUUAGUCUGACAAGUGUAUAAUAAUGUAAACCAAAUAUUAUU